GUUCAAAAUAAAUAACGAAGUAAUCGGAGUACGAUUUCCAUAACCGACCAGAAAUUUUCUUAACCUGUCGCAGUUUGUAGCCUGCUUAAGGAUGGCAUCUGACGUAACUGUGGAUAUGAGAGAAGGUAAGUACUAUUUUGCUUGAAUCGUGUAAAAAUUUCUCUGUCGACAACAUCUUCCAUCGCCCGACCUCGUCGCAAUGUUUGUUUUCGAAUAUCGUACAUGAAGACCCAAUAACUUUAUUAGGGAUACGAUCUGUCCGUUAUAACAGGGCUGGCUUGUAAAAUAUUUUGUGAUAACUGAAAAUAGAUUCCGUUUGUAUUAGUAAACUUACACUAUCACACAAAUAUAUGCUUUUGCCGAACAGUACCGCGUACGUCUUAGUACUAGUACUGUACAACUUGCUGUAAACUGUACGUGCCCCCGUUUGAUCUGAGUUAUCUGCUAGCUUAUUACAGGCUCAGAGAUGACACACGUAUCCGAACCACAACGACAUAGGAAACGCAAAUUAGAGACUUUUUUAAGCAAAGUCAAUUAAAUCGAUAUAUCACUCCAAGUAAACACGACCGUUACUUUGUUGUAUUUCAGAGGAAAAUCCAUUAAUAUGCUCAGAGAAAAGACUCACAAAGGUAGUUGUUAAAGUUUUGUGUGUUUUAUUCCUAUUUUUUAAGACAUACACAAAUUUAAUCCCUAAGAUCGACUAGCAUCCAAUUUCUUCAGACUAUAUCACCACUGAAUCGAAAACUAAGGCCAUGAUAAUCAAAGAAAUAAUUGCUUAUUGAUUUGAUCAUCAGAGCAAUUCUCCUACUCAGUAAUGGAAAAUAUGUAGAGAACACUUUGGAGAAUGUGCUUUCUGAUGUUAUGAGCAUUGUUACCACCUGUGGGAGGAUGGAAGUCUGAUGGAGGGUUACUCCAGGUUUUGGCAGGAUUCCCUGACAAUGUGCUGGUCCCUGUUGUACUCCUCUGGGUUGUUCAAUUAGCUAGGUUAAGAUAACCCAAGAUUGGUGUGAAAUCUGACCAGAAAGAUCUGAUAGCUUUAAAAGAAUAUUCAAUACAAUUCUUUUGUCUACAAUUUGAUGCUUGAAUGCUUGAAAAAGAAAAGAGAAAAUUAGUGGAAAAAGACUUAAAGAAAGAAAUAAAGAAACCCAGAUUAUAACUUAAUCCUGGGUCAGCACUAAUUUGGCCUUGACAUUUUGACCCCUAAGAGUGACUGGCAUCUAAUUUCUCCCUACAAGAUCACCCCUGAAUAAAACAUUAAGGUCAUGAGAAUAAGGGAAAUGACUGACAACCUAAAAAGUUCUUGAUGGUUAAACAAAUUCUCUUUGUUAGCAUCUUAAGAAAUGUAUGUAGAAAAGUGUGGAAAAUAUGCAUACUGAUGUUAGGGUGUAAAGGGUUAAAAAAAGAACUGGGCAUAGGGUAAAAAGAGGCACUGUGAGAGUGCUUGUCUUGCGAAAGUACACAACUCAGUAACCUGGCUAUGACUCGUAGUCUGACCUGGACACUGUGUCUCCAACUGAUAACAAAAUUAUUGCAAUAAAUAAUUUCUUGAAUACAGCAUACUGUUUUUUGAAAAAAAAUUAACAUUUUUUGUGUAUCAUCAACAGGUACAGCAAGCAAAACUGGAGGCACUUGCUGCCUUUGGCAACUGCACAUUUGAUUCCUUGGUUGUUAAAAGGGAAAGCUUCAAGUCAAAACUCAAUUCAACUGCGAAGACUGCUGCCACAAGAAAAGAAAAUGUGAAGAGGCUUACUCGGUAAGGACUGACAAUUUUGUGUUUUAUUGAGGCAAUAUCCCUUGGUUGAAGAUUUUCUGUUUUUUCUCUUAACUGCCUGCUUUAAACUGUAUUAAUAUUGCCAAAGAGAAUUUUAUUGCAAGUCAAUCCUGGGAGUCCAAAUGUACCUGAGCUUAGUUGAUAACAAUGUUUAUCUUGGUCUCACUCUUAUCAAUUUUCUUUUUGUUAUUACUAUUAUCUUUUGGUGAAAAGACCCCUCAACUGCUUAAGACUGAGUAUCAAUUUCACAAGUUGAGUAUCAAUUUCACAACCUGAAGGUUCCUGCAACAAUCUCAUGUUUCAAUUGUUUGCCAUUUCUACAAUCAUGUUCUAAUUGAGUUGCUUGGGGAGAAGUGGCCAAACACAGAGAGUGACACCAAAGACUUAUCAGUCUAAAGUUUCAAUAUGUGAACUUUGCUAGUUUUGCAUGUAGAACAGCACAUACAAAAAUUCUCAAAGUGCUGAGCCUCAUGCUGGAUGCCAAAUUAAGCUGGUUUAACAACACAUUAAAUAAUUAAAAAACUGAAUGUGAGUCUUAAACACCACCUCCUCUCUUGAUCCACCUCUGACUUAAUGUAACUCACCAUAGCAGCACAAUUUGAACAAGGAAUCAUUACCCAAAAAAUCAGAACGGAAUGUUAAAGACGUCAAUUGCUCCCUGUAGAAUUACUCUGUAGGGGUACCAUUAGAAAUGUAAACUCCAGUUACAUAGCUGCCUGUUAUGGGAACCUUUUCCCAUGGAAUCGAUGUAAAAUAUGAGCCUUAUAGUAUGAUUUCUAAAUCUUAAAACAAAAGUGUUUUUUUUCUCUACUGAACCUUUAUUUGUUAUUUUUAUGAAAUAGCAAAGCGGUCAUACAUAGAAUACUUUUGUCCUCUAGAAUGGAAAAAGCCAGACAGGAAGCCAAUGAAGCAUUCAAGAAUAUUCGUCUCGGCCAGAAACGAAAAAUUAGUGUGCGUGAGAAGAAAACAGAAACACAUGACCCCAUCAAUGCAAAAAGAAAACUCACAAGACUUGAACAAUGUAAACUUGAAGCACAGCAAGCUUUUGGAAAUGUUCCUUUGGGUACACUGGCAGAAAAUGUAGAAAAGAAAGAUGGGCAAAAUAAGAUUCAAAGACACAGAUCGAGUGCAGGAACCAAACACUCAGGACUUGAGAAUAAAGAUACUGCACAGAAAAACACUAAAAAAAGCUUUGACAAGAGAUCUUUGGAAAGAAUUACAAAAGAAAAGAGGAAAUCUAUAAAUAAGGGGAGACAAAAUAGAAGAUCAUCAACUUUGCGAAGAAGGAGUUCAGCCAUGAUGCGAAGACGAAAUUCUGCCAAAAGUAAUAGACUUACCAAGGUCCAAGCCUCACAGUUAGAGGCUCUUCAUAGUUUUGGAGGCCUGAGCCUUGACAAGUUGAGUUCCUCCAACAAGAAGGCCUGUGAAGCUGAAGUAAAGGGUGACCCAGUGGCUGUUGACUGUGAAACUGUUGAGGAAGGGAAAGUUCAAAGUGAGGUAAAUGAACCAAUAGUCAUGGAAACCCAUCAUGAAAGUGAUUCUGGUCAGAAAGAUGGUGAGAUGGAUGUUGAGCCAGCACUAAUUGCAAAUGCUGUCGAUGUCCUGGGAGAGAUGUCUCUGCAAAAAUGUCAUUCUGUUGAUGAAGUAACUCAAGUGACACCCAGUGACUGCAGCAAUACUGAGAUCCAGACUGAGAAGGUCCAAGUGUGUGAAGAUCAUGUGAAAGGUGUGAAGAGUAAGCACCCUAAUUGGGAGGAAAGUCUUCAUGAGGCAUCCCCUCAAGCCAAAAGUAUAAUCACUGAAGCAGCACCUAGGCUCUUGACACGCUUGGAGAGAGCACGAAUAGAAGCACUUCACAGUUUCAAUGGGCAAGCUUUUGACCAUGUGAUAAAGACAUCCACUAGAAAAAUGGCCAGAUACUUGACACCAAUGAAACAUCAGGGAACCAACACAGAGCUCCAGCCAACAAAGAAUACACCCUGUCAGACUGAUGAUUCCUUUAGAAGACACUACCCAUUUCCUAACAAGUCCUUCUACUCCAGCCUCCAGGGCAACAGCUUCCAUGACAGGGAUGCACUAUUGGAGAGUAGCAAAAAGGUUGUGCAGACAGCCAGGUCCUUGGAUACACCUUCUCCAGAUCACUCACCUGCAAACUUGUGAUUUUGUAGACGAACAGGAGAAAUGCCAUAAUUUUAGCAUACUGUUUUGUUUGCUUGUCUGUUUGCAUCCUAAGGAAGAGUUUUAACUAUUAAAACUCAAGUUUUGUUUAUUUGCAUUGAGUUUGGAAAAAAAACUUAAUUGUGUGGUAAGUUAUUAUUACAUUGAAGAUGUUCACAUUUGAGUGUUAUGUUGGUGUUCAUGUUUGCAAAGAGAUGCUGUUCACUGGGCCAGCAAGUUCUGACAACUAAUUCCUAAUAAAAAGUGACUUGUGACUGCACAUGCAGGUUUGUCAUUAAAAGGCAGUAGGUGGUGGAAACCCACCUGCUGUCAGACCAUUUUGUGCUGUUCACUUUGCACACCAGCCUUUUGUGAUAUUGAAAACUGUUGUCUAAACAAAUCAUUUUGUUGUUGUUGUUGUAAAUUAGCAAUUUUCCUUUUUUUCUGAUUUUAUGGAGGAAGGAUUAAACUAAAAAGUUGUAUUUAAAGUGAGUACAGUGCAAGAACUGUCAGUGUUGUUGACAGCUAACUUAAAAGACAGAAAAUAAGUAUUUGUGGUAUUAAGAUUUGUCAUGUGAUGAAAUCUUUUUUUUUCUGGUGAGUUAGUUUAUUAUGUUUUUUGAUUUUAUAUAAGAAGGAUCAAAUUAAAAACCAGUACAGGAAGUACCAUGCAAAAACUGUCAGUGGUGUUUGUUCACAGCUAUCUCGAAAGACAGAGAAUACUUAAUUUUUUAACUGAUUUUAACAUCAAUGUCUGGUAAAAAAAAUGUUACUCAAAUAUACUCCAGAUGAUAAAAACCAUUUUUCAAAGAAUUUCAAAUUUCAAAUUUUCCAUCUCAGAAGUGUUGUGUCACACACUGAGAGGUUCCAUCAGUGUAGCUCACUAUACUCUAUGGUCCAAUUGUUCAAAGGGCAGGUGAGUUGCUAUCCAGUGGAUUAGUGUCAAGAAAAGGUACCACGUUAUCUAAUGGAUAGAGAUUUAUCCAGUGGAUAGCAUUACUUCAAACAACCAUGGUCUGCAAGUGUAUUAAGUUUCAGUUCUCAAUACUUCCUUAAACUGCCUACCUUUUUUCUGAUCAGCUGUUAUGAUUACUGAGGUUUUGGUCUUUUUGACAUGCAACUUGAAUCUGUAAAGUCAUUCUGUCACACUUGAUAAUAUACUUCAGGGCACAACCCAGUAAACCCUGAUGUUAAAGGAUAAAUUCGAUUCAGCUGAACUGGCCAGUUUAGUCAAGAUGGCAAUAAAAUGCUAUGGAUCCUAUUGGCGCUCAGUUAGUUUAUGAUCAUCUGUUUAGAAAGAACUCUAGUGUUAACAUGAAAAUAAAAAACAAAUGCU